AUGAACUGUAUAUCAGACUUCUUCACCUACGAGACUACCAAGUCGGUGGUAGUGAAGAGCUGGACCAUUGGGAUCAUCAACCGAGCCGUCCAGCUGCUGAUUAUCUCCUACUUUGUGGGGUGGGUUUUCUUGCACGAGAAGGCCUACCAAGUGCGGGACACCGCCAUUGAGUCCUCAGUAGUAACAAAGGUGAAAGGCUUCGGACGCUAUGCCAACAGAGUCAUGGACGUGUCAGAUUAUGUGACCCCACCCCAGGGCACCUCUGUCUUUGUCAUCAUCACCAAAAUGAUCGUUACUGAAAACCAAAUGCAAGGAUUCUGUCCAGAGAAUGAGGAGAAGUACCGCUGUGUGUCUGACAGCCAGUGUGGGCCUGAGCGCUUCCCGGGUGGGGGGAUCCUCACUGGCCGUUGCGUGAACUACAGCUCUGUCCUCCGGACCUGUGAGAUCCAGGGCUGGUGCCCCACCGAGGUGGACACCGUGGAGAUGCCUAUCAUGAUGGAAGCUGAGAACUUCACCAUUUUCAUUAAGAACAGCAUCCGUUUCCCUCUCUUCAACUUUGAGAAGGGAAACCUCCUGCCUAACCUCACCGACAAGGACAUAAAGAAGUGCCGCUUCCACCCUGAAAAGGCCCCAUUUUGCCCCAUCUUGAGGGUAGGGGACGUGGUUAAGUUUGCUGGGCAGGAUUUUGCCAAGCUGGCCCGCACGGGUGGAGUUCUGGGUAUUAAGAUCGGCUGGGUAUGCGAUCUGGACAAGGCCUGGGACCAGUGCAUCCCCAAAUAUUCCUUCACUCGACUGGAUGGAGUUUCUGAGAAAAGCAGUGUUUCUCCUGGUUACAACUUCAGGUUUGCCAAAUACUACAAGAUGGAGAAUGGCAGCGAGUACCGCACGCUCCUGAAGGCUUUUGGCAUCCGCUUUGAUGUGCUGGUGUACGGGAAUGCUGGCAAGUUCAACAUCAUCCCCACCAUCAUCAGCUCGGUGGCUGCCUUCACUUCCGUGGGAGUGGGGACUGUUCUCUGUGACAUCAUCCUGCUCAAUUUCCUCAAGGGAGCUGAUCACUACAAAGCCAGGAAGUUUGAGGAGGUGACUGAGACAACACUGAAGGGAACUGCCUCAACCAACCCAGUGUUCGCCAGUGACCAGGCCACUGUGGAGAAGCAGUCCACAGACUCAGGAGCCUACUCUAUUGGUCACUAG